AUGCCUUUCACAAGAGAUCUAUCCUUAACCUUACCCAACCACAACAAUGAAUAUGACAAGUCCACUAUACUGGACUAUCCUUCACUUGGUAUGAUCACGGACAAAUUAUCUGAGAAUAACAUCAACCUCAUCUUUGCUGUAACCAGUUCUAUGGUGCAACUAUAUCGUAACUACAGCGAGCUGAUUCCUGGCUCUGUGGUUGGAACGCUCUCUAGAGACUCUGGAAAUGUUGUGCAACUCAUUCUGGAUGCAUAUGCGAAGAUAAGGUCUAAGGUUGAGCUGGAGCUGCUGGGUGUGCCGGAUGAGUUAUCUCUGUUCAUCAACGCAACAUGCCUGGGUGGAGAGGUCAUUACUGGCGUCAAGUCCUGCGCUGGACUCAAAAUUGGAGAUAUGGUGCUUUUUCAUCUUAACUGUUUAAAGUGGAUUUAUGUGUGUUUCUGCAGGGAGUGUGUGGAGUGUAAACAUUAUAAGAGAGGGGAUCUGUAUGAAAAGAACUGCAAUCACGUCUGCAGAGAUGAGAUUGUGCUGGUGGAUGAGCUGGUCUUUCAUGAGAAGAACUCUGUGAACUGCAGCUACAAGGAUGAGGACGACUGCGUUCAGAACUUCCAGUAUUAUGAAGACGCCAGUGGAAAAUCCUUCCUCUAUCUUGUUAAAGGACCAGAGUGUCCUAAGGGUCCUGAUGUCUUGGUGGUUGUUCUUUCGGUCGCCGGUGCGAUCCUGCUGCUGGGACUGGGUGCGCUCUUGGUGUGGAAGCUUCUGAUCACCAUUCAUGACCAUCGUGAAUUUGCCAAGUUUGAGGAGGAGAAAGCCAGGGCUAAGUGGGAAGCGGCUAAUAAUCCGCUCUACAAAGGAGCCACCAGCACCUUCCAAAACGUAGCAUAUCGUGGCAGUUAAGAAUGACACCACCUCUGCUUCUGUCAAGCACAACUACUGAUCAUCUCAACAGCACACGACUCAGCCAAUCACAGCUGGGUUCACCCAGGCAUGUGACUAUCUAGAACGGUGGUGACUAAUGCAGUAUGUACCGAAAUAUUUUUAGAAAUAAUAUUAGAUAAUCAAAAACAAACUACUGUUCAAAUAUUUGGAGUCAGUA